UCUUCUUUUUUCUUUUUGUUCACUCAACCAUUUACUCUGAAUGUCAACUGGCAGCAAUAGCGAUCAUACCGGCACAUUCUCUACCAAAAAUGAUUGUAUCUCACUCAUUGUCCUAUCUCAUGGUUUAUGGGGUGUUAAAUCCCACAUGAGUUUUAUUGAAAAGAAGUUGAAAGAAAAAUAUGGAAAUAAAGCUUACAUUCUGAACUCUAGUGUCAAUGAAGGCAAAUAUUCCUAUGAUGGAAUUGACAUAUGUGGUAUUCGUUUGGCCAAAGACGUUCAAUCUACCAUUUCACAACUCGAGAAGAAUGGAAAGACCAUAACGAGGAUUAGUUUCAUUGGUUACUCGCUUGGUGGAUUAAUCACUCGAUACGCUAUCGGAUAUUUGGGUCGUAGAGGAUUAUUCAAGAAGAUCCAACCUCAUUACUAUACAUCCUUUGCAACUCCUCAUAUGAGCGUAAAAUUGCCCAAAUCAACUCUUUUCUCGGCUUUAUUCAAUGUGAUAAGUGGAAAAAUUGUUUCCAGAACAGGCGAGCAAUUGCAAUUGCUAGACGGUGACAUGUUCCAACAAAGGACAUUGUUAGAAACUCUCUCUGAUCCUAAUGACAUCUAUUACAAAUACCUGUCACAAUUCAAAGUCUUACGUUGCUAUGCCAAUAUUGCUAACGACCGCACUGUUCCUUACUGGACAGCAGCCAUGGAAUCAAAGGAUUUCUUUUUCAACAAGAAGGGCAAACUUGACAUUACUCUAGAUGAAAAAUAUAUGUCAGUUAUCACCGACUUUGAUUUAAAAUCACAUGAAAAUUACAUCAGUAGCAAUGAUCAAAAGAAGAGAAGAAAAGAGAAAAGCCUCAAGCCUGUUGUUCAGAAAUAUGUGUUAUUAUGUAUAUUGCCUUUGCUUGCGCCUUUUCUAUACCUCUGGGGCUUAUCUUUUAUUGCCGUUCAAGGCCUUAUCAGCCGCUAUCGUACUGCCCAACUCUUGAAAGAGCAUCAACAGCCGUCAUUGUUAACAGCCGCCUCUCAUUUGAAUAUACGUAAUGACGCUAUCGAGCACAAGGUGGAAACAGUGCAAAAUGAUUCUCGCAAAGACAACUCUAUUGAAACCGCUGGUCGAAAGAUAGAAGGCGACUUACUGACCGGUGCCUUGGAUGCUGUCAACCUAGCCAACAAUGUCGAUCCUACAGAAGAGCCGCAUACCCAAGUCGACGACUUUGUGGAAUAUGAUAGUGAAGCUGAAGAAGCGGAUGAUUACUACUUAGUCAAGAAGGCAUAUCAACAUCAUAUCAACGUUCAGCCUUCCACGGCUUUAGAAAAGGUUUCCAGAGCAUUACCAUUGGAGAAACCAACACAACGAAUCUGUCACAACCUACAGAAAUUACCUUGGGAACGUGUGUAUGUUUAUAUCAAGGCAUUCAAUGCUCAUGGAAGCAUUGUAUGCAGACAAAAGAGAUUUACAAUGGACGGCGGCAUAGCUACUGUUCAGCAUUUUAUUGAUACCACACAAUUAGCUUAGAUCUAAUUAUUUUCCACCUCUUAUUUAUCUCUUAUUUAUUCUCUGUUUCCCGAUGCACAUGCAUCUGAAAUGUCAAAACAGAUUUUUUUACCCCUUUUUUCUUUUGAAAAUAAAAGAACGCACUUUUACAACACUUGCUUCUGAUUGGCUAAUCAAAUCUUGCUCUGCCCCCCCUCAAAUGCGCGCUG